AAAUUCAAUUAUUCAAAAUACGUUCAAAAUUCUUUGUUUUAUUUUGUACUGGCCUGUUAUUUUAAACAUUUUCUUGUUAAAUUCACUGAGUAAAAUGGAUUAUUCAACGAUCAGUAACAAAACGAAUAUCACAGAAGCCGAAGAGGAGCUGUCCGCGAGUGAGUUGAGCGAGAAGUAUUAUUCCUUACGAAAACAAUACGACAACCUGUCUCAAAACUACGAGAGCAUAAAACAGGAGCUCCACGAUACAAGACGAUGCUACCAGACCGCUUUGGAUGUCCAGAGCCACCUCAGUUCCGAGCUAGAAGCGUAUCAGGCCGACGAAAACCGACGUAAGAACGACUUCAAUAGUCGCAUAACGACCUUACAAGAGGAGAUUUCUGCUCUUCGGAAAGAGAAAUCGGACCUUCUAGAACGUCACGCGACCGAGAUGAAGAACUUGGAGGUGGAAAAUCGGCGUAUAAGGGAGGAACAAGUGAUUGCGCCCCGUCAGUCUCCGGAGCGUGAUAAUUCUGAGCUCGAAGAGAUGAGAUCAGCCUUGUCUGCUGUGACAUCUGAGCUGGAGGUGACAAAAGGAACAAUGGAAGCCGCCAGAAGUGAGCUAACAUCUUGGAGAAUGAAGGUGGAAGAGUUAGUGACAGAGGUAGGGGAACUUCGGGCUGCAGCUGAGAUACGGAAAGAGGAGAUGAAUGCAAUAGCGGAGAGAGAGGCGGCUGCGCUGGCUGACCUCACCGAGAUGAGGGCUAUGCUCCACCAGGUAGACUCGCAGGAGCAGCAACCACAUGCUGCCAAGGGAAACUCAAUCUUCGCUGAAGUAGAGGAUAAGAGACAAGAAAUGGCAAAAAGCCUUAUUCAAAUGAAACAAACAAAUUCAAGGUUGCGGAGAGAUCUGGCAAACAAACAAGCAGAGCUGGACACAUUGAUACAUGAGAAACAAACUAUAUGGGAACAACAGGCUGGUGCUACAGCACAUUAUGACAGGGAAUUGAUAGAGAACUAUGAGGAGCGCAUCACACAGCUAGAGGGGGCGUGCGAGAAGCAGCGGAGGGAGCUGUGCCGCUGGUUCAGCAAGCUGCAGGAGCCGUCGCCGGGGUGGCUGCCAGCGGUGCUGCAACACCUCAUGAGUGAAUGUCAAACGCUGCGUGCGGAAGUGUUAUCUCGAGGUGCAGCACAGCUGGCCAGCGCAGUCCAAGUCAGAGAGCUACGGAGAAAACUGGCCCAAGUGUCAGCCACAACCAAACAGUCCCCCGUACACACCUCACCGGCCAUUGAAGAAGUGACCGUACCCAAAUAUGUGCCAAUCAAGAAAGAUAUUGACGAUGUUAGAAAGAAAGUGUCGUUUAAUUGAGAUAUUCUGUAUGUAGGUUAAGUGCAAGCUUUACAAUAUAUUGAUUAUGAUAGAA